CUCUAUAUAAGUUAUAUAUAUGAGUAUAAUAGUAGUUGCGCCCGCAGAAUGCGGUAUUUUGGUUACGGGCGAUUUUUGGUGGGGUGCGCACAUGCCACAAAUCAGACAUUGAAGGUCGAAAACCAGAUUCGAAAAUCGCUUGGUCUUCUGAUCCUUACGGCUUUCCGUAGCCUAGCCUCGACCAGCCAGCAUAACGAGGAACAUUGCCACAUGCGCGUCUUGAUAUAACCACCUGGGGAGAAACCGCUCCCACACCUCUUCCCUCCCUUUUCUUACAUCACGAUCGCCAAACUCCUUCCGUUGCCAUCGCCGUCUCAUGCCUAUGGUAUCGGCUAGGAUUCCGCCA